CACUAGUGGCCGAAAGAAUCUGUCAAUGCCACCAAACAGCAAUGACGUGGCAGAGCUUGCAAGAGCGGUGGCAAUCAUCGCUGAGGCACAGCCAGCUGUGGCCAAGCCUUUCAUAGCACCGCAAAGACUGGGGCACUACCUCUCUGAAGCGACCGGUGAUGACUUUGACGUUGAAAUUACUUGGAGUGUGGCCGUUGUGGGCAGCACAGGCUGUGGAAAGAGCAGUUUUCUCCGGCGGUUUUGCGGAAGGAGUGGCAAUUUGGAGUAUCAACAAACACUGGUGACAGACUUUAUCGAAAAGAGACUGGAACUGGACGGCGAUGAAGUGACAUUUCAUCUUUGGGAUACUCCAGGCAUCGAUGAUCCGCGUUCUUUAGCUGAGAAGCACUGCAUGGCCAAAGCUUGCGUCAUUGUCUACGCAGCGAGCGAUAGGAAGUCCUUUGAAGCAGCCGAGCUAUGGAUCGUCAUGUUGCGCGAGUUGUGUGGGCCGCAAAGUCUGUUGGUUAUUGUCCGAUGCAAGGAUGAUGUGGAAGGUGUCGAAGUGGAAUUUGAAGAAGGCGAAGCUUUGGCCACAAAGUUUGGCAUCAAGCAUUUUGCUGCCGGUUCUAGUGCCGGCGAAGCAAAAGAAGUCUUUGUUUUGCUGGCCAAGGAGCUGUUGGAAAGGCAGCAGCAAACUGAGGAGCGCUUCUGUUGUGGUGAAGCUGUGGGAAGCCUCCAGUGGGCAGACUCUCCCAACACCGCCUGGUUUGAGCCGCAAAAAGGGGGCGAGACGAUCCCUUUGCGGCUCCGGGCGGUUGCAGUUCCCAAGCGGGCGCUGCCAAAGAGUCCUCCUCGUGCAAAAGCAAAAGCUGCCAACAGACCAGGUGUUGCAGGUGACGCUUCUCGUGGUGCUGGUCCUAAAGCAAGUUCAUCAGGUCCGCGGCCAAAGUCAAAAUCAGAAGUGAGGAAACCAGGUGCUGCGAAGGCCAAGGCAGCAAUUCAGCUGCCGGGUACGGAAAGCAGAGGCGGCUCGACAAGUUCCACGCAGCCAGAAGUGACACAAAACUCAGGCUUGGACGGAUCCACAAAGCACAGCGGCGAGGAGCAAGAAGGUGCUUGUUCGCCGACACCCACGACACCCAUCUUGGAGACCAUCCAGCGGCGCCAUGUGAAGCUGUCGACCAUUGAGAGCGUGGGGAAUGUACAAGAUGACACGCCACCUGCAGCGUCGGCCUCUGUGCUACCUGGGCUGCCAGAUGAAGCAUCGGCAUCGCAAGGAGAAGAAAGUCCCAUCGACUCAGCAGUUGGGCACGUGACCACUUGUUUUAGCAGCUGGAGACAGUUGAGCUUGGGAUCUUUGUCUUCUGGAGGUUUGCCCACCAUCCUCACUCACCUCUCUGAGAGCAAGAAGGGCAUCGAGAACGAGGAGCGUGACCCGGAGCCUCCGGAGCCGGAGGCGGCGGAGGCGGCGGAGGCUCCGACUCCAUGUGCCGAACCCGAGCCAGCACCAAGCCCCGAUCGCAACCCGCAUGACCCAGAAGGCUUUGCAGGCGCAAUCCCUCAGCGUCUGGAUGCGCGGCCUGCGCUGGUCAUCAACAUACCACCAGGGGACAACAACGCUCUGCGCGCCGAAGAGGUGAAUCCUACUUUGACUGCUCCUGCUGGCGCUCAGUUGGACGAGCGGGAGUACCGGCUGCUCUGGGAAUCUGUGGUGCAGGACACUGUUCGCGAUGAAGGGUCGCAGGGGGGAAAUGCCCGGGUGGAACAGCGAUUGCUGUCUCUGGAGGAAGGCUUCAACACAUUCAAGGAAUUCACAGAGCAGCAGCAGAAGGCCCAACGGACUCUUGUGGACAUGCAGAUCGACUCUGCUAAAAGAGAUCUAGAGCUUGGGAUCCGAUCUCUUCGACAGCAAAAUCAUGCGGAAUUGUUUCAAGAAGCUGAACGAGUUGCCAUUGCUGCUGUUGGCAAAGGAGUUCGCGAAUCCCUUGCCACAGAGUUGGCAUCGUUGCAUCGAGUCGUUCGGCAAAUGAAUGACUCCGUGGAUGAACGAUUGCGGAUUUUCGAACAGCGACUGAACGGCAUGGAAAGCCGCUUCUCUCAGGGCUUGGAGGAAUCUCUGCACCAGCUUGAGGAGCUGGAAUUCAGAUUUUCCAAUGAUAGCAGCCGUCUAUCUCCAGAACUUGCGAAGCAACUGCCAGACUUCGUGAAAAGCUGGGGUCAUGGACGUUUUCGAUCCCAAAAUGAGCUGGUGACCUAUGUUGACGUGACCAUGACAGAUGUGAAUGGUUCGUUAAACCAAGCCAUGCAGACGGUCAAAGGCGAGAUUCAAGAGAUGCUGAAGGUGGCCUCAGAAGGCAUGGGCAGUCGGAUCGAGGAGGUGGUGGAAAGUAAAACCUUAUCCAUCGAAAAUCAUCUCACCUCAACAGACAUGAUGCUCAGGAAUGUCUUGGCCAAACAAGCCAAGGAAGCUGAGGCUUUACAAGAGAAACAUCCCAAAAGAACUGUGUCUGAUGCCAAAGAACGCGCAGGACAGGACCAAGCAGAUGCCAAAGUGCGCUCUGAAACAGCUGAGAUGGAAGGGAAAGGUCAGGAUGGUUCGAAUGAUAUGAAGUCAUGGCUUAACAAGCAGAUUUCCGGUAUCACGGGAGAUGCUCAAGUUCAGUCACACAAUCUGGAAGGAGCUGAGCUUCUCUCUUGGAUGAAGAAACAUGUGAAUGAGCUUGUCACCGACUUACUUCCAGCUCAUCCAGUCGCUACACCAUCACCACCACAUGAGGAUGCCUCGCCAUCCUCGCCAAAGGAUCAUGCUGAUCGAGAAGGAACGGCCAGUUUUCCCAACAUCGACUUGGAACGCUUGGAUCGUUUGGAGCAGAACUUCACCACUUUCGCGGCCAAUCUCAAGGAUUUGGACACUGCACGGCUACCUGGUCGUCUGGCUUUGUUGGAAGGUGCCUGUUUGGAGGAACGGUUGGCCCUGCUGGAAUCCAUGAACACUGCUGGAGUUCGGUCCCAAGGACCACAGCCGGGGCUGCCACUACCAUCGCCUCAAGGGACUUCGCAGCUGUUGGCCCUACGUGAGGAGCUACAAAGGCUCAGAAAUCGCGUCGCAUUGGUGGAAGGUUUGGUGCAGAUUCCUGAGGUGGAACAUCGAAAGGAAGAAACUCAGGAUUCACCGAGAUCCCCUCGGUUGGCUGACAUGGAAGUUGAUGAGAACUUCAAAAGUGAGAUGAUGAACUUGUGGCGGGCGGUGAGUGGGGAUCAACGAACCCUGGAUCUCCUGUCCUCCAAGUUGGAAGAUGCCGUGCGCAAUUUCAGCAAGAUGCAAUCCCGCUUUGAAGCGGCCAUGCCUCAAAUGUUGCAACUCUUGGGGGAGCUGCUCAAGGGUGCAGGCACAGGUGAUACUGGUGAAUCACCACAAGUGGAUGUGCUGCUUGCCAUGCAGAAACUGCUCUAUGGUGGUGAAUCAGGCAUGCCAUUUGUGUCACCAGGAGCCAUGAGGGAGGCUUUCAACUCCUUUGAAGCCAUGGUUCGCAGUGAGAUGGAGAAGCUGCGAGAUGAGUUGCUGAGAGAUUUUGACGAUAAGGCCCCCAGAGAGGAUGUGGAUUUCCUCGCUGAGCAACUUCGCCUUUGGCAAGGCCAACUGCAAAUGCUGUGGCAGAGCUUUGAAAAACUCCUGAACAACGAGCAGGAAGUGGACGCGGCAAUCUGGCGAAAGCCCUUAACAGCUCGCUGUGUCAGCUGUGAUCGAAAGGUGGACAUCAAAGGUUUGCUCUUCGACCGUGACACGCCCUUCCUUCCCACAGGGAGACAUCCAGAUGCUGCAGGAAUUCAUGACCCGAGGAACGCCCUGGCAUACCAGCAGCAGCAGGUGGCCAUGUUUUUGCUCCAUCACUUUCCACCCGGAAGUGCGCAGGGCAUUGACCUCUGGGAGGUCCAUCAGAGGAGGAAAGACACCUUGCUCCACCUGUGUGUCUACUUCCAGUACUUCUCGGCCCCAGUGGCUGAACUCUUUGAAGUGCUCUUUCUGGGCAUGGGCCAGGUGGAUAGCAAUUCAUUUCAGGCCUACUGGAAUAGAGCGAAUGCCGACUCGGACACCUUUCUGCAUUGUGCAGCU